UUGAGAAAGAAGAGGAAGAAGCUUUCUCCAUUCUCCGUGAGAAUUCAGAAUUGGGAUUUUUCCGCCAUUGAUUCUCUGAUUCCCUUCAUCGGGAUCAGAGAGUCAUUAUCAAUCCUCUGUGUCAUCCUCAUUCUCCUUUAAUCCUCCUCUUCUUCUUUCAUAAUCUCUGUUUCAAGCCGUUUUUGGGGUAAAUUUUCUGCAUUAAAAUCCAUCCCCAUUCGCCAUUCCCCAUUAUAAUGGCAAUGCUCUAACCAUACUUCGUCCCUGAAUCUUCUGAGAGUGGUUCCACUUCUUCCUUCUUCUCUAAUGGGGGCUCCUAUUAAUGACGGCAAAAUGGAAGGUUGGCUCUAUCUCAUCCGGUCUAACCGGUUCGGGUUGCAGUACUCGCAGAAGAGAUACUUCAUUCUUCAAGAAAAUUGUCUCAAGAGCUUUAAAUCUGUCCCUGUUUCUGGGAAUGAGGAACCAAAUAGAAGUGCAGUGAUUGACUCGUAUAUCCGAAUUACGGAUAAUGGGAGGGAGAGUAUUCAUAGAAAAGUAUUCUUCAUCUUCACACUUUAUAAUACCGUCGAUCAAAAUGAUCGACUCAAGUUGGGAGCCAGUAGCCCAGAAGAUGCAGCAAGAUGGAUCCGCUCUCUGCUUGGUACUACAAUGAAGGACUGUCCGGAUCCAGCAACGAAUUUUAGGGAUCGCUCCAAGAGACAGUAUCCAGCUUUAAGAUUUCGUGGGUCAAAAAGAGUGGACUGCAAGCCUUCAAUAGACUGGACUAUCUGUUCCUCUGUACAAAUGGAAGCAAUGACAUCUGAUGUUAUUGCACCUUCCCCAUGGAAAAUUUUUGGUUGUCAAAAUGGGUUAAGGCUUUUCAAAGAAUCAAAAGAUAAUGAUUCUCAUCGGAGGCAAUGGGAUGAUCAUCCCGCUAUAAUGGCAGUUGGUAUGGUUUGUGGAACUUCCGAAGAAAUCUUUCGGACCCUUAUGUCUCUUGGCCCAUCAAGAUCAGAAUGGGAUUUCUGCUUUUACCGUGGAAGUUUGGUUGAACACCUUGACGGUCAUACAGAUAUCAUACAUAUGCAACUAUAUCGUGAUUGGUUACCUUGGGGAAUGAAAAAACGAGAUUUUCUUUUGCGUCGGUAUUGGAGAAGAGAAGAUGAUGGCACAUAUGUGUUACUAUAUCAUUCUGUGUUUCACAUGAAGUUUCCACCACAGAAAGGAUACGUCCGUGCUUGCCUUAAAAGUGGAGGAUAUGUUGUAACUCCAGUGAACCAAGGUAAACACUCGCUAGUAAAACACAUGCUUGCAGUUGAUUGGAAGUUUUGGAAACUGUAUCUCCGUCCUUCAUCUGCAAGAGCGAUUACUAUCCGAAUGGUAGAGAGGCUUGCAGCACUAAGAGAGCUAUUCAGAGCGAAGGUUGGUGACUUGUCAUCUGACUUCUCAUUAUCUGGUAGAGACCUUAGACACUUUGAGUUGCCCCAGAGUGAAAUGGACGAGAUAAAGACAGAAAUACAAUCUCCUGAAGAAAUGAGGAAAAUCAAAGAGGCAUUUUCGAAAGAGAAUGAAGUGGAAAUUCCUCGUGCUAGUUUGAUUGGAUUAAAUGAUGCUGUUGAUGAGUUCUUCGACGUUCCUGAACCUGCAGAAUUUGACCACUAUGAGAAUGAAUGGACGUCUGACUUGACUUUGCAACAAAUGAAUUUGUCCCAGAACAAACUAUCAUCAGCAGCUGUUUUUGUGAAAAAGUUGCAUGAUCUUGCUGUUCAGAAGAAGGGUUAUGCAGAAUUGCCCGAGUUGCCUAGAGAAGAAAGUAUGGCAUACUCUUAUGGAUCCACACUUCCAAAAGACUUAAAUUUUUCUUCUCCCUGCAGUGUGGCAUCAGCAGAUCCCUCUUUGUUUUUGAUACGUGGAGAAAACUAUUUGAAGGACAACCAGAAGAUCAAGGCAAAUGGCACGUUGAUGCAACUGGUUGGUGCAGACUGGCUAAGGUCUGACAGACGAGAAGAUAAUCUCAGUGGGCGUCCUGGUGGUAUUGUGCAGAAAUAUGCAGAACGAGGUGGACCGGAAUUCUUCUUUGUUGUUAACAUACAAGUUCCUGGCACCACUAUGUACACGUUGGCAAUGUAUUACAUGAUGAGGACUCCUCUUGAGAGCAGUCCCUUGCUCAAAAGUUUUGUUGAAGGAGACGAUGCCUUUAGGAAUUCAAGAUUUAAGCUUAUACCUUACAUUUCUCAGGGUUCAUGGAUAGUUAAGCAAAGCGUUGGUAAGAAAGCAUGCUUGGUUGGUCAUGCACUUGAAGUACAUUACUUUCGUGGGAAGAACUAUUUGGAGGUAGAAAUUGAUGUUGGGUCUUCAACAGUGGCAAGGGGGGUGGUCAGUCUUGUUCUUGGUUAUUUAAACAAUUUGGUCAUAGAAAUGGCUUUUGUAAUUCAGGGCAACACGCAAGAGGAGCUUCCCGAGGUCCUUCUCGGGACAUGUCGACUCAAUCAUUUGGAUGUGGCUAAAUCACUUCUGGUAAAGCCAUGAAAAUACCUGCCUCCAAAAGUUCUCUACCCUCUCAGAACAAGUAUGGGACCUAUUGAAUUUGGAUAUAGAUUGAUGAUGCUUUUUGUUUUCCCACAAUAUCCAAGAUCUUUCAGUUUAUUUGAUGGAGAAGAAGAGAGCCAGAAGAAAACUGAUUAUAUUGAUUUUUUUCUGAUUAACAUUGUAUAGAAGCACUGAUUUUUUUUCCUUUUUUUAUCCAAUCUGAAUUAUCAGCUCAAUUGUAAGGAGCUUUUCUUCCAUCUGGCUCUUUUAGUUAACAAUCAAAUAAAAAGAAAAAGAAAAAAGAAAAGAAAAUUAUCUUAAAGUUAUAAUGUCUUUUAA